UUCAAGCAUUUUAUACAAAUUCGAUUUAUACACUCGAUACAUAAUUUAAGUCCUGCAAAGAAUAGUGACAUUAUUCCAAAAUGUCGGGAUUACCUGAAACAAUGUAUUGCUCGCAGCAAAUUCAUAUUUCACCAAUGUUGCCGCAAAUUUUAAAACAAUACGCAAAGUCUGCAAUUCGAACGCAACCAACAGAUUUAUUAAGAUGGUCUGCUGCAUAUUUUCGAGCUUUGAGUCAAAAUGAAACACCGCCAGAGAAAAAACGGCUGGAGUAUCCAGAACCCAAAAAUUAUAUGGGAUUAACACCUGGUUUAUUAAAAGUUUUAUUGAGACAGAUUGGAAAAUCACCAGAUAUUAUGAUAUCUUAUCCUGAUUUAUAUGUACGAUGGGAUGGAAUUUGUAUGCCACAAGAGGAAUUGAUAAAAUUACUUUUAUCAGCGCAAAUAGAUAAUGCAGUUACCAUGCCAUGGUUUAAGAUUAUAGCGGUGGCCGCAGGAUAUUUAAGUGAUAAUUUAACACAAACAAUGGUGCUUAUUUGUAAUUUACUAACAGAGGAACCUGAUGGCGGUAGCGCAAUGAUACCAGUUGAUGUAUUUUUAAAGUAUUACAAAUUUUUAGCUGAGUUAAAUUUGUCAGAGACCAAAUACAUGCUGAAUGUAUUUUUUUAUGUUAGUGAGAUGUCUGACGAAUCACGAAAAAAACAGCAAACAGAUGUACCAAUAAAUUUAACUAAAAUAGAUACUAAACCAGAGCUAGAGGCUCCUGAUAAAACUGAUAGGGUGUCAAUAGUGUCUAACGUUCCACCAGAAUUUGAGAAUAUUUUUCGAAAUCAAGUACCUGCAAAACAAUCCAGAGAAAGUGAAGGAUUUGUUGUUGAUCAAGAAAGUGGACAGAUUAUUCAAAAACAAGAAGGUAAAAGCAUCGUUACAGAAAGUGCGAAAAUCUCGAAGCCAACGGAUUUAGCAUCUUCAAUUUCACAAACACAAAGCUUUACUAUCUCCGAAAUAAUCGGCGAACAUGACCUGUCUCAAGAAAUACCUUCAAGCAUAUCAUUAAAUGAAAAUGAAGAAACAUUUGAGAUUAGAGAAGGGGAAGAAGAAUCCCAUCUCACAGAAAAUGAAACCGCUAAAUCAGAUCAAACGCUUCAAUCAAAUCAGACCGUUCAAUCAAAUCAAACCAUUCAAUCAAAUCAAACCAUUCAAUCGAACGGAGGCGAUAAAGGAGGAGGAUUUAGUCCUAAUUUACCACAAAAUGAUGAUGAGCAUCAUAGAGAAGUAAUUAAUUUAGAGAGUCCGUACAGUAAUGUGGAAUCAGUUACUUCAAAAUUUUUGGGUAGAUGUUCACCACAUUUUCAUUUGAAUAAAUAUAUGGCAAGUGCUACACCAAGUAUGCUGACCGAAUUGGAAUCAAGAUUUACCACUGCAGAUAUUAGUAGCGAAACACAUACAAUAUUCAGAGAGGAAGUUGCAAAACCUAAAGGAUUGAGAUUGAUAGUAAAAUUACCUAGUGAACAAGUACGUUAUGAAAUUGAGGAAGUAAAAGGUGUAGGACCAGCAGUUGAUCCAGAAACAAUGAACACGUUUAUUAAAUAUAUUGAAGAACGUGCUGCAUUUCAACAUGGAAUGAUAAUGCCUAGGAAUAUUACCAGUUUCCAAUGUCCACCAUUGGAAAACUUUAAGUAUAUGAAAAAGAUUGAAGUUGAAGAAGAUAUUCCAUUUGUUGGAUGUAAAAAUGUUUAUUAAUUAUUACGUUGUAAUUCACUAAUUUUAUGUUAAAAUUCUGGUUAAUAAAAAAUAUUAUGCGUAAUAUGCCUCAUUGACAUAACUGUUUGGAU